AUAAAAGCGAUUGAUUUUUUUAUUCAGUAACAACAUAAUUGUCAACGAAAUGUGGUCGAAUACUAUUUUACUUUUUUUACUCAUUAAAAUCAUAAGCGGGUUUUCGAUGGAACGAGUAGUAAAUGGUACCGAUUCAUCGAUAACUCGUUAUCCGUUCGCAGUUUCUAUGCGUGGUGCUACCGGUUCUCAUAAAUGCGGUGCUAGUAUUAUAGCUCCUCGUUACAUUUUAACGGCUGCUCAUUGCGUUAGUGUAAACAAGCCCGAUGAGAUAAGCAUUCAAUAUUCCACCACAGAUAUUGGAACAGGCAUUGAACAGAUUAAUGUUAUUCCCGUUAAACGUAUUAUUGUGCAUGAGAAAUACAACGUGCAGCCCGAAUUCGCAAACGAUAUAGCUUUGUUGGAAUUGAAGGGUCAGUUAGUGUUUAAUUAUAAAACAUUGGCCCCAGUUACCUUACCCGACGCGUAUUACGAAAUACCUCAAGUACCAGAGGGUGUACAAGGCGUUUUAGUUGGCUGGGGUAAGAAUGAAACUAAUGGUUUUCUGCAAAAUCAUUUGCAAGAAGUCGAUUUGAAAAUCUAUUCGGAUGAGGAAUGUUACUCUAGACACAAUAACGUUACCACCGUUCAUCAGAUAUGCGGUGGAGUAGAUGAGGGCGGUAAAGGUCAAUGUUCGGGUGACUCGGGCGGCCCAUUAGUUUACAAUGGCACUGUUCAAUUAGGUAUUGUCUCUUGGAGUAUUAAACCGUGCGCUGUAUAUCCUUAUCCCGGUGUUUACACUAAAGUUUCACAUUACGUCGACUGGAUUUACAAACAAAUAUAUUAAAAAUUUUGCGAAAUGAUUAGAAAAUUGUUUAUAAUGCCAUUUAAUCGUAAAAAAAGGUAAAGUAUUAAUAACGCAUUCCUACAUUGAUAAGUUAAACGGGUUAUUGGGUUUAUUACUUAAAAAGGUGGAGAGAUUAAAAACUAAUAAGCUUUUUAUCAUAUUUAAUUUAAUUGAUUUUGUAGUGUGACCUUGACUUGAUUAGAUGAAGUCUAGCCUAUGCAAGGGCAUAGUUAAUGAGAGCAAAGAAUAAAAGAUAACGAGUUCUUUUUUUAAGGUUUUAUAGCUUCGAAUGCAAUUAGUUCGCUGUUCUCAUUUUCAGAAAAAGGAAAAGUAAAAGUUCUAUCUGAGUGGCCGAGUAGGUAAAGGACCUCAACUAACAACUCAUAGUUGCGUUCAAUGAAAGUCGAUAGCUUUAUGUGCUAAGACUUUAGUCUUUGAAUUUAUUUCCCUCUCUGUCUCUAUUUCUCUCUCUCUCUAAAUUAACAACAAAAGUUCUUCUCCAGUUUUUUCCAUACCAUAGAGUAACAAUCACUUUAAUCGUUAUCUCACGUUAGAAUCUUUUACUCGAUCGAGAUGUAUAUUUCAUAUAGAUUCGGUUGUAAGGAUUACGAACAAAGUAAUAUGCACAUGUGGCUAAUUAAAAACUUUCAUUCUCCAUUGUGGUCAACACUUACUGGCGGAACAAGAGUAAAAAAUAUAUAGAUUGUGAUUGUGAAAAAAACAGUGGGGAGGGCCAGUUUAGUGUAAUAGGUAAGAAUCGCGACUACCAAGUUCAGAGGACGCGGGUUCAAAUGCCAAGAGCAGCGGGGUUUUCCUUGGUCGUAGCUGCUUAGUCGAGUGCUUAGCCGCCAAAGGCGCAACCUUUAUCGACCGGGCAAACACCACCCACUAGGCUGCGACCAUCAAUUCUCUAUUCCUUUCUCUUAUCUAACUUUGUUUUGCCGGUCACUGUGUAGAGAACACCUCUCAGUGAUUGGUAUUUGAUUAUUAUUUUUUUUUAUAUAUAAGUGACACUCAACGAAUUUUUCAAUUAGCUUGGCAAUACAUCUAAUUUGUCCUUUUAAUUCUAUUUUUCGCUUUGCCAAUCGAGUACUUCUUGAUGUUAUAUAGAUUCAUUCUCUUGAAAGAGAAACAUGCAUCGCUUACCCAUUCCGUAUGCGAAAUGCUAGUUAAGUGACGCGUAAAAAAUAAAGAAAAAUGCUGGUGUCUGUCCUGUGACUUUGGACGUAUCUGUAUUGUUGCUGAGAGUAGGACGCCAUGGCGCUACGAUGACAGCACAGACAGCACAGCUUGUCUUAUGUUAGUCUUCGAUAACGAGUCCUACGUGUUUGUGGUGUUCAAGCGGAUAACAAAAGAAAACUCUUUCUAAACGAUUUUUGUAUUAAGUUUUAGAGAAAGAU